AGCCAUGGAUCACAUCACUGUCAUUCCGUCAAAGAGAUUUGUUCAAAUCUUACAAGAGCUCUGUACAACAUUUGGAGCAUUAGAUAGCAUCAAAGACAAGUUGUCUUCAAGUGGUAAUUCUUAUGGCGAGAUAAAGCUCACAACCCAGGAAAUCAAAUGGUGUCAUCUCAAGAUGAGAGAGAGGGGCAUACCAGAAAGAGUGCAUGAGCUCUUAGAAGAAAGUGAAGUUAUUCUUCCAAAAUAUGAACCUCCGCCUAGAAAUCCGGAACUUGAAGCACGCAUCCAAAAACUCCGAGCCGAACAGGAGAAUCGAGAGUACAAUAAAAUGGUUGAAUCAGUCUGUCUUAAUAAGGGAAGUGCAUAUUUGGGUGAUGUUUCAGAGGACUUAAAAAGUGUCAAUAGGCAGAUUGUAUCGGGCGCUCAGUACCUUCUCUCUAUUGUUGGUACUUUCUUUGGCGUAUUCAUGGUCGCAGGGAUGGCCACCCCAGAUUAUGGUAUCCGAGCUCUCCUAGCUACUGUAUCAGCCCUUGUGGUCGGGCUUGCUGAAAUUUACUUUAUCAUUAAGCAUGACAUUUGGGAAGAAGAGAAAAAGAAAAAAACAUAGUUUAUUUUUUAUGUCACUGCAAGUUAUCAUUGCCUAAUAAACUAUAUAGCCUCAUUCCUAGACUCUCAUACGGAUCAAAGGACAUGCUCUGAAUAGAGAGGUGAAAAUUAGAGCAAUUUAAAGACAAUAGAACAGUCAAGUUUUAAGAGGCCAAAGGAAUUUUUUUUUACUCAAGGGCAAAAGCCACACAGCUUGGAGUGGGAGAGAUGAUGCAGCCAAGAACCUUCAGUACUCUCUACUUUCAUCAGUACCCAAGGUAUUGCCUCGGAUAAAGGAUUGUGUCGGCAAUUAAGGUCAUUUGCUCUGAUGAUACUACCGUGUGUCGCAUGCCAAGAGGUCAUGUGUCAGGUAUUCUUAGGGAAAGGAUGAGUACAUUUCCUGGUAAGGAUUAGAUAAGCUCAGUGCAGUACUUUGUUGUACUACUGACACUCUAUAGGUUCUGGACACUAACAUGGGACAAUAUGGUAAGUUUGUAAAAUUAUUCAGUCUUAUAAGAAUUAAGUAUUAUAUUUUUGUUCUUCAGUUGUAUGUGAUUACAAACAGUUUAAGAAAUGCACAGCCACAAUAUUUGUGAUCACAAACAUUUUUCCCCUUUAUAGUGAUAGUCAAGAUCAUCGUUGACCUUGAACUCAUUGUCUUUUCAACAUACCACGAUAAAUAUGAAAUUCACGUAAGUUCUUUUCUUAUUCUAAAAUAUCUAGCAAAGUACUUUUUUUAUUACAUUGGAUUAAAAAAUUUACUACAAGUACAUAUAUUCAAAAAUUCCUUCAAGAGCUGAUCAUAUUUCAUUUUGAAUUUUUGGACAAUAAGAAAAGUUAUUUAUAAUAACUUGUCUGUAUGUACUAUAUUUUUUAUUGUUAAUAUGUCCAUCACUUGGCGAAUAGAGUUUUGUCGUUUUUUCACAAUGAUGAGAGAACUGGUCCUGUGUCUUAACCCUGUGUUACAAAGAUGCCAUUGUGAACUAAUUGCUCCUGGCAAGUAUGCCAUUCAGAUGGAAAACAGAUUUAUUUUUAAGUUAAGAUUUGGCUUCAUUGAAAACUGAUCAAAGUUUUUUCAGUACAGUAAUUCAUAUGGCCUUAUUCAGGUAUCAGAUUUUUGUUUGUUUGUCUCUUGCUGGGGUUAAUACAGGUAUAUAAUUUCAUAAAGAAUUUUGUAUUUAGGGUUUGUUUUCAGUAACUACCAGCACCAGAAUACAUGCCAGUUUUGAUUAACAUUAUUGCCCCCCCCCCCCCCCCCCCCCCCCCCCCCCAAAUCCC